CAAGAGACAGGGUUAGGAAAGUGCCCCAGGCGGACGGAGGGGGAAUCAGCCUGUUCUGGAAGGAUUUCUGGAGAGCCGGCGCUCCACUGCUGGUAUUCCUUCCAGGCAAAGCGCUGGAAAAGACCGCAGGUCUCGCUUCGUGCUCUUUCCGGUGGGUCCCCUUCUGACCCAGCCGGAUUGCUCUCUCCGACGACCCUGUGCCAGCGAGGAUCCGACUCCUGUAGUAGCGCAAAACUGGGCGGUGCUGUGCGGCGCGCGUGUGAUCGGAGGCUGUUGUAACCUUCUCGUGUAGAAGAGCAGCUGCAGCUCUGCUUUAAAGGAAAGUUAAACCUUGGAAAAUGUGUUGUGAAAGAAAUAGAAGAUUUCUGCUGCUUUAUGCAAGUCAGAAAGGACAGGCAAAAGCCAUAGCUGAAGAAAUAUGCCAGGAGGCAAAGGAACAUGGAUUUGAAGCUGAUAUUCACUGCAUCAGUGAAUCGGAGCAGUAUAACUUGGAUAAGGAAAAGGAUCCUGUGGUUAUUAUUACUUCUACUACUGGUACAGGAGAGCUUCCAGAUACUGCAAUCAAAUUUAUAAAAGAAAUUAAUGACAAAAGUUUGCCAUCUGAUCACUUGUCUCAUAUACGAUAUGGACUGCUAGGUCUAGGAGACUCUGAAUACACAUUCUUCUGCAAUGGUGGGAAAAUAAUAGACAAACGAUUUCUGGAACUUGGGGCUCAACGGUUUUGUGAAGUGGGAUUAGCUGAUGACGCUGUAGGGUUGGAGCUGGUGGUUGAACCAUGGAUUGCUGGGCUUUGGGUUGCACUUAAUCAAGAGUUUGCAUCUAGAAAAGAAGACAAAAAUGCAUCUUUUUGUGCCAACAAGUUUUCUAAUCUCCGUAUAGGCCUCCAAGCAGAAUGCUUGAACACUGAAGAUUCCGGUGUGAAAAAUAAUGUUUCAUCAAAAGAAAAUAUUCACUCGGAAAUUCCUACUGAAAACUCUCAACCGUCACUUUCUUUCUCAGUGCCUCCACUCUCAAAGGCUACACUUAAUAUUCCUGCUUUGCCACCGGAAUACCUAGAGGUGCAGCUUGAAGAAAGUCGUGGUCAGAAUGCCAGCCUACUUUAUACUUCAGAAAACUCCAUUUAUCAUGUUCCUGUCACCAAGGCCAUUCAACUUACUAGGGAUGAUGCAGUUAAAAAAACGUUGCUGGUUGAACUGGAUAUUUCUGAAACAACAUUUAACUACCAGCCUGGAGAUGCCUUUAAUAUAACUUGUCCCAAUAAUACAAUGGAGGUGGAGGAAAUUCUUGAUAUUUUGGGACUCUUGGGAAAAAAAGAUCAUUUUGUUUGCUUAAGAGUUAAGGAAGGCACUAAAAAGAGAGGAGCAACAUUGCCACAGUAUAUAUCAGAUAAGAAUACUGUUAAAUUUAUUUUUACAUGGUGUCUGGAAAUCAGAGCAGUUCCCAAAAAGGCAUUUCUGCGCUCUUUGGUAGAAUAUACCACUGCUAUUAGUGAAAAAAGAAGACUUCAAGAAUUGUGUAGCAAGCAAGGAUCCUCGGAUUAUAACUCUUUUAUAAGGAAUCCUAGUGUUAGUUUAUUAGAUUUGCUCCGGGUUUUCCCAACUUGCAAGCCUCCACUUAGUCUUUUGAUUGAACAUCUUCCAAAGUUGCAAGCCAGACCCUAUUCAGUUGCAAGUUCGACUUUGUUUCAUCCUGGAAAGAUGCAUUUCAUCUUUAAUAUUCUGGAGUUUCCAUCCCACCUAGGUGAGCUGCGAAGAGGGGUCUGUACGGGUUGGCUAGCUGAUCUGGUUGCCCCAGUCCUUCAGGUGAAUCAGAAGAGCAAAGAAUUCCUCUCUCCACAGAUCAACAUAACGUCUCGCCUAUCGAAUGUUUUCCACCUACCAGACAACCCAUCUGUUCCUUUUAUUAUGGUUGGUCCAGGAACUGGAAUUGCACCAUUUAUCAGCUUUCUUCAGCAUAGGCAAAAGCUCAGAGAAAAGCACCCAGAUUAUAUGUUUGGAGAGACGUGGUUGUUUUUUGGCUGCCGCUAUAAGGCCAGAGAUUACUUGUUCCAAGAUGAGCUCAGGUGCUUUCUUGAAAAUGGCGUGUUAACUUACCUGAUAGUUUGCUUCUCAAGAGAUGUUCCAGCUGUAGCAGAAACCGCCCCUCCUAAGUACGUUCAAGAUAACCUCCGGCUUUACUGUAAAGAGAUUAGUAGGAUUUUGCUACAGGAGAAAGGAUAUUUUUACGUGUGUGGAGAUGCAAAAAAUAUGGCUAAAGAUGUGAAUGAUACUCUGGUGGAAGUCUUCACCACUGAGAAAGGAGUUGAUAAGUUGGAUGCAUUGAAAAUACUGGCUACGUUAAGAGAAGAAAAAAGAUACCUGCAGGAUAUCUGGGCCUGAACACUAGCUUUUGAAUUCACUUGACCAAUAUAAAUAAUAAUCUUUUCAGUGUCUACUUCUGUCAGUAAUUUUCUCUCAAUUAUUUGAACUGUUUUCUAGGGAGAUAACAAAGAAAAAUAUAUCAUUUCCAAGAGAUUUGUCACAGUACAAGUGGCUUUAAAUAAAUGAUGCCACAUUUCCAUCAA